AUGAUCAUAAAAGUGCGACGGACACACCGAAAAACGGGGUGUAUCCAAUGCAAAGUGCGCAAGAAACGGUGUUCUGAGGGCAAACCUAGCUGUGAUGACUGCGAACGACUCGGGUUCGAUUGCGUUUAUUUGGAGAAAAGUUGUACGCGGGAUCAGGCGAGCGAGUUGAAGCGACGGGUGGAACACGAGUUGAAGCGGCGAAAUUUGCAGUUGAAGAAACGGGCAACGUUUGCUAACCCUAGUGAUGAAGAGUCCGAAACACGUGACCUGUUUUCAACGACCGCCGGUGAUGGGAUAUUGGACGAAAACUGUAUUGAAGCGGUGAACUUUACGCCCAUUUCUGCCUCGAAUGAUUUGCUGAUGAUAGCGCAGGAUGCGGGUUCGGUAUCCGAUCUAAUUUUGGACCAUUGCGAAGAAUCGCCGAUUUUGCCAUUAUUUCCGUCAUUGCACGACCCAAUGAUGUCCAAGCUAGACGGUACUGCGUUGCAUCUGUACAAUUACUAUCGCGAACACCUUGCCCAGAUUAUUUCCAUCGCUCCUGUCAGAUACAACUACUAUCUUCAAAUUUUCCUACCCAUGGCGCACCAGCACGAGGGAAUUAUGUACGGCCUGUUGGCCUGGUCCGCGCAUCACCUGGCAAUAGGAGGCUCAGAAACCUCUGCUAAUAACCCGAAUCUGAGUCCUGUGUUUCCUGAGAGUCCCGGGAAAUACCGGGGUGGCAGUUUUGGCAUUGGAGAGCCCGAAGGCAAUUCUUCCCAUCUUACGCAAAGAUUGGCAGACCUAGGAGACGACUCCUGUGACAAAUAUGAUGAAUCGGCAAGUACAGCGCUGGACGAAUCGAACCUGGAGUCUAUAAAUCUCGCGCUGAACGACAGGGCCAACGGUUGCCAUAACGGUUCUCAGCGUUACGCCGAGCUAGCCAGUUUUUACACGCUGGAGUCUCUUAAACAACUGCAAACUUCUGAAUCAGUUCAGGAAACGGAUUUUUUGUUUGUCAUGGCUCAACUUCUGGUCUUAUGUGGAGCCGAAAUUUGUCAAGGCGACGUGGGUCGAUGGCGCAUUUUGCUGAGGCUUGGGGCGAAACUCAUACGAGAGCAUGUCGGUGACGACAUAACUCACAUGCUAGUUGAUGAUUUGAAAGCACCUGGGUCAAUGACCACCAGACACUGGUUACUUGCAAAUUUCAUAUAUCACGACAUAAUGGGAUCAGAAAGCACGCAUUUCCCGAUGGAACAAUACGCAAGCAUACUUGACGCGAGUUUGGAGAAUGAUGGAUCUAGCGUGGACCCGUUACAUGGUGUCAAUAGACCGAUUUUCCGCAUUUUAGGAGACGUGAUGAAUGUUGCUCGCAGUAUGAAACGCGAGGGAAUCGCCAGCGCAUCGCAUGAAGCAUUUGGUGCCGUUAUGAGGCGUGCACAGACGUUGCAAGCGGCUCUUUACAAUGCUCAACCGUCCCCCAAGGAUGUUGCUUGGUAUGAUGGGGUUUUGGGCAGCGAACUUUGCCAUAAGAUGUUCCAAGUAUUCCGAACAGCCGCUCUGUUGUUGCUGAAAACCGCUAUCUUCCGCCAGCAAAAGAGCUCUUUUGAAGUCCAGUACCUUGCUUCAGAACUUUCGAGCGGCCUGGAUUUCUUACUUGGUACUAGACUCGAAGGUGGGCUAUGUUUCCCUAUGUUCAUGCUGGGUGUGAGCUCCACGGAACCUGCUCAAAGGGCGGAUGUUGAACACAAAUUUGGCGACUACAUAAAUAGGUACAAAUGCCGCAAUGUUGCGCGUGCGCGGGCCGUUGUUCGCAAACUUUGGCGCUCAGAUGAUGAUAGCAGCUCGCAUGGAAACAUGUUUGCUACACCCGAUUGGUUUGACGUUCUAGAGGAAAUGCAGUGGGAUUUGAACUUUGCGUGA